AUGGCAGCCCAGUCCACUGAGUUCCCCCAGUUUGGCCGCCUGCCUCCAGAAAUACGCCUGAAUAUCUGGUUCUUCUGUCUUCCUCAUCGGGUCGUGCAAAGAGACGACCCUCUCUGUCUUGGAGAUGUCCAAAGACAGCAGAUGUGCUGGUCUAUGCGAUCGGCUCUCCGGAAUGCUUCUCUGCCGCUCCUCGCCUCCGUCUGUCGCGAGUCGCGGGGGGUCGUUAGAAAAUGGGGCAAGGAAGUCAUGCAGGACUAUUGGUUCAAUCUAGGGCCUAUUUGGGUCCAGCAUCGCCUGGACGUCUAUACCCUCAACUGCAACGGCUUGUCGAGUUGGGAAGGCGAUGAUAUACACAUCGUCAUGGAGUUCUUCGAUGAGGCGUUCUAUCGACUAAACUUGAUGCCGCUUGCGAUGAGAUCCGAAUACUUUUACCCAUUUAGCCUAGAUCCGUCACCAGAACUUGAGGAGGUUUCGAGCUACCCUCAGCUCAAACUCCACGAGAGAAAGAGACGGCCCGGCAUACCCAGUAUGGACGAUCCAUACAACGAGUUUGCCAGACAUUCAGAGAGGCCCUAUACGAGAAUUUCUCAAUCUGCUACCUUGGCUUUCAUAUGCAUUCAUACCACCAAAGCGCAAGCUGCAGACUCUGGUCUAUUUGGCCUACUUCUCGAUGCGCCCGUGCAGCUUGUGGAUUUCGACGACGAAAAAAGGCUCAAGGCAUUCCAUGAUCUUUUCAAAAACGGCCGUCGGUCCAACAACAAAAGACUCCAUGUCAACAAGCAAUUCGCCUCCAUCUUGGCGCCCGACUUCAAGUGUCGAGUGGAAAGCUGGAGGGAAAAGGUGGAUUGGCUCAUGAUGACAUACGCAUGGCUGCGAGCGAAAUACAAGAACAGCCAUUUCAUCCCAAUCGAGGGGGAUCCUGGUUUGGCCUGGAAUCCACCACUUUUGGAUGACCAAAAGAUUGUCUAUAUGAACAACAAGGAAAAGCCGAAUCAAGUAAACCUCUUCAACAAUCGGCAUCCAUGGGUGAUACAAGCGAAGAAGGAAUUACCAAGAAUCGCACCAAAGAUACAGUUUCUUCUUUGCACCGAUGAAUGUGAGGUAGACGAAGAUCCCCACAUGGUACGGAGCAUGCCUAUACCAAUGAGCGGUCACAGUCACUGGUUUAGGACCACACAGACGUAUGCUGAUCUUCCAGAACUUUCGUAA